AUGAAAAAUCAGGAAGACUUGCUGUAUGUCACUGAAAACCAAUUUUCACCGCCAAAGUAUAUCCUCAACGUAAAUACAAAUGGAAUUCAUAAUAACUCUACCUUUGUAACUGGGAAAAAAAUCAAAUCGCUGCAGACCCUCGCUACAAAAAAAUCAUUAACAAAAAAGCCUGAAAACUUAUUAUACUAUUAUAUAAAAAUAAUUGCCAGCGAGCUAAUACUAUAAAAGCUGUUUAUUGUAAAUUCUUAUUACUAUUAUUUCCUAACAGAAAUCAUUCUAUUCUACUAGGCAUAAAAUCUAAGCCUCAAAUCAGAAAAUCUGAAACAAAUAUCAAUCUGAAAGGAAGAAACGCAAUAAGCAAAGAAACUUCACCCAUUAAAAGAUCAUCAAGCUUAAAAGGAAUUUCAAAAAGAUUAGCAAGCCCUCCUGAACCUAAAAUCUCACACGAGAUAAGUCCUAAGCCAGUACGUUCUAAAUCUGCUAAGCGUGAUAGAAAAAUUCAACCUCUUCAGCCAAAACAGCCAGAAACCGAAAUUAUAAAAGAAAAGCCAGCUCCCAAUGGAAAAAUUAAAAAGAUUAUCUAUGAAACACUUGCUAAAAAUCAAUUAGAAAAAAGUAUCAAUAUUAAAAAAGAGGAAGAAACAAAGAAAAAAGAAGAGGAAAAAAAGACCAAGCUGAAAAAAACAAAUGAAGCCAUCCGAAAACAAAAUUUCAAAAAAGCACCUAAAGAGAAAAAGCUACACAAAAUGGCUUGAGGGGCUGACCAAACCAAAUUUGAAAACAAAGAAUAUGUGAAAAAUCCUGAAGAAGCUGAAUUAAGAGAAAAGAAAAAAGCAGAAAGAGAACGAUCACUCAAUGAAAGGAGAGCAAAUAUCGGGCUAGACUUAUACCCAAAUAUAAAACCAAGAAGAAAAAGCCCUAAAAUUGAAGCUGACAAAAUUAAGGAACCCCAUUGAAGUCCAGAUCCAAACGUACAAAAAUAUAUGCAGCUAAAAAAAAAAGAAAUUAAAAUUGCAGAACUCCAAACCAGGCUUGAAGAAUUAGUCAAAGAAAAAGAAAGAGAACGAGCUUUAGAAAUGGUUGAAAAACAAAGAAAAUCAGCUUUUAAGAAAACAAAAAAGAAAAAAAAGAAGAAAGAAGGAAACAGCCGCAUAAAUGAACUUUCCAGCUCUAACUUAAAAACUAAAAAACGCUUAUUAGUAGACCCGCUAUCUCAAAGCCAAUAUGUAAGUCCUUUAAACCGUUAUAAGCACGAAAGGGACAUGAAAAAAAUUGAGAACUAUAAAUCAAAUAAUCUAAGUGGGUGAAAAAAUCAAUCUGACUCUGAGCUUUCAGAUAUCGCUGUCCAUCCUUAUAUACAAGAAUCAUUGGAAGAGCCUACUCAAGAUAAUCGCGAAGCAUUAAUGAAAAAAUUGAAAAUUCUUCAAGAAAGAGUAAGUGAGACUAAAAAAUUGUUAUCUGUAAAUAAAUAUACUCCUGAUGAAGCUGCUAUUAUUAUUCAAAGGUGAUAUAGGAAUAUUUAUCAUAGAAGACGAAUAGAAGAAAUAACUGAGUCCUACCAGUCUCGUUCUUCUGAAGAACUAGGAUUCAGUAGCUCUUUAUUAAAUUCAUUAUUUAAUAAAAAGCAAAAAUUAUCAAUUGAGUCUUUUCCAAACCAAGAAGAAUUAUCAAUCCCAGUAAAAAGCCAAAAUACUUCAAAAUUUUCAAUAGAAAGGCAAGAAACAGAAAGAGAUGAAGAGUGAAUUGACUUUAAAGACCCUCCUGAUAGCUUGAAAAAUAGCAAAAGUGAGCUUGUUGAUCAGUUUAGACUUACUUUACAAACCAGAUUUUCUGAAAUUGAACAAAAAUUUUUAGAUAAUGAAAUCAUGGUACAAGCACAACUUGAUGAGCUUGGGAGUAUUGGUGAAAAUUCAGCUGUAAGGACAGGAGGAACGGAAUCAUCAAGCAGGAAUCCUUAUGAAGCUACACCUGAAGCUUCUGAGCGCGAUAGAGUUCCUAUAAAAAUUCCACUCCUGCCAAUAGGAAGAAUUUCAUUGAAAAAAUCAGAAGAGUCCGAAACUUCUAAUGGACCUUAUAUAUCUGUUUAUGAAGACUAUGAAGAACCAAUAAUUGAAGAAUCAAGCUCAUAAAUAAAAUGGCAUUCGGUUCGAGAGAAAUUAGCUCUGCUAAUUUUCUCUCCCUCAUGGAAUUUUAUUUAUGGGGUUAGGUUUUCACUCGAGAACUUCUGGACAGCAAUAGCGGUUUAACUCUGGGGAUAACCAGAGGAGCUGCUCCUCAGUCCUCUCAAGAUUUCGGGGUUUUUACCUCUCAGCACAUCUCCACGGGAAGAUGACCCUUAGGCGGAACACGCGCAGGAGCUGAGUCGAGACAAGGGCGACGGCAUCGCGCCGGGUGAGACGUGCAGCAAGGCUGGUGAAGCAGGAGUUGAUAGAAGGCUUUGGCCAGGGCUGACCUGUUCCAAGAUGGUUCGCCUACGUCACUAGUUUUGCCAUAGGUCCUUUUUGGGCUGCGGCACUAGACACCUUGAACACCAGAUAAUUAAGUUAAGUAAGUUAAGAAGAAUCAAGCUCAUCUAUAUCACAACAAGAUGCGCUUAGCCAAGAAAAAGAUGUCACAGAAGAGACUGAAGAGAGAGAUCACGCUGCAUCAAGUGAUACAGAAGCAUUUUCUCCUAAAAUUGAGUGGUUUUUAAUUGAUAAACCUUCAAGUCACAGAGUACAAGAUUUUAGGAUUGAUGAAAUCCCAGAACCAGACAAUAGUGAGCAUUUUUAUAAAAAUUCAUUCGAAAAUGUUUCUGAAGCAGAAGAAAAAACAAUAGAAGAAGUUUCUGAUAAUGAUUUACAUGUUACACCUAUGAUUUUAGAUCUAAGAGCAAUGCUUGAUGAACAAGAAAGUGAUUCAAAUAAAGAAAUAUCUCCCAAUGUAAUAAAAGAACAAGCUAAAAAAAUUCAAAUUGAUAAAAAAGUGACUGAGAUAAAAAAAGAAAAUCAAUCUGAUUUAAUGAGUGAUUCUGAAAGAAAUCUACAAAAAAAGAAAUUGGAUUCAGAAAUAAAACAAUUUAUUUCAGAAAAAGUGCCAGUUCAAAAAUUUCCAAUAAAAAUUGAUCAAAACAUUAAGCCAUAUAAGCCUGAGUUUAUACAAAAUGCUUAUCAAGACAGAAUAAUUAAAUCUUUUCAAGAAAAGCAAGAAGAUGGAGAACCUAAGAGUAAUUCAGCAAAAAGAUAUGGAAAUUUUGUUAAAGGGCAAGAUUCGGCAUCGUCAAUAGAUUUGAAAAAUAGUGAAACGCAGUCUAAUGAUUCUGAAGAAGAUUUAUGGGUAGCGGGAUCAAAUACUUAUAAGAUUCCUCAAGAAAGUCCUACACCAAUUUCAGAUUCCUCUCAAGAUAAGAUUAAUCCAUUUAUAGGGAAUACUAAACUACCACAACACAAUAUCAAUCCGAAUUCUAGUUUCCCGAAAUCUACACAAGAAAAUCCUAAACAAGCCUUAAAUUUGUCAAAGAUCCCACAAGAGAAUAUUAAAUCAUUUUCAAAGCCAUCGCAAGAAAAUGCUAACUCCUUCUCUCUGUGAGAGAACUUAAUGUUAACUAUUUAAUGAAAUUUCUAGCUAAAUCUGUAGAAUUUUAAGCAGCUUGUAUUUUAAAAAUAAAAUUUCACAAAUUUAAUUAAUAUUUGCUUUUAAAAUUACUCGAAUUGAAAUUUUUUUAAAUUUUGAAAAAAAAAAAUUUUAUAAAUUUAAAAAAAAACUCCUGAGAGAGAGGAGUAAGCAAAACGAUAUAGAAGAAAGACCUAUGCCAAUAAAAAAUCUUCCUGAAGGCGUAAUGAAAAUCCUGAAAGAAAGUCCUAGACAAUUUGUGAAUCCAAAGAAUGAGGUCAAAAAUAUACAAGAAAGGAAUGAAAAGAGUGAGAUCAAAGAUACACAAGAAAGGAAUGAAAAAAUUGAGACUACCUCUAGUCAAUCAAUUAAAAUUAUGCAGGAAAGCCCGAGACAAGUUGUAAGUAAUGAAAUAAAAAUUCUGAAAGAAAGUCCAAGACAAAUUCCAGCCAAUUUUAAUAGUGAUGUAAAGCUACCCAAAGAAAGUCCAAGGCAAACCUCAAGUACGUUUAAUAAAGAGGUGGCUAAAGAGAGUCCUAAACAAAUUGUAAAUGCCUUGAAUAACGAAGCAAAAAUCCUUAAAGAGAAGAGUCCUAGACAAAUUGCAAGUACUUUAAGUAGUGAAGGAAAAAUACCAAAAGAGAGCCCAAGGCUGAUUUCAAGUGUUUUUAGCAGUGAAGUAAAAUUUUUGAAAGAAAGUCCUAGACAAUAUACAAAUGCACAAAAAAAUGAGCAAAAAUUACUGAAAGAAAGUCCUAGACAAUUUAUCAAUAAUUUCCAAGUAAAAGCUCCCCAAGAAAAUCCUAACUCCAUCCACCUUCGCGAGGGGGCAAAAACAAUUUUGUCAUUAUGGAAAGGGUCAAUUAUUUUUUAUAUAAUUUUUUUUCUCAAAAUUUAAAAAAAAUCCUAUCGGAAUAAUUUUAAAGCAAAUAUUAAUUUAUUUGGAAAAUUUAUGGUUUGAAAUGCAAGCUUUUUUAAAACAGAAUUAGCUAGAGAUUCAUUAUAAUAAUUGUCACUUAUAUACCAAAAUAUUUUUUUUAAAAAUUUUAUAAGGAUUAAAAAUAGAGAUUUUCCAAUCUCUUUGAUUGCUCAGGGAGGGAGGAGUAAGCAAAUUUUCAGCACACCAGUUAACCCAAAUAAAACUACCCAGGAAAUUCAGCAAUCUCCAAAUAUUCCAUCAGAAAAUAUCAAUCCAAUUCCGCUUUCUUUGAAAUCAACAGAAAGCAACACCCCAAUGUCAUCUUCUCCUAAACCCCCACCAGAGAGUUCUAAGCCAAGCUUAUUAUCUCCAAAACUUCCACAAGAAAUUUCUAAAUCAAAUCUAUUUUCUCCAAAACUCCCACAAGAAAAAAUUAAUAAAUUUUCCAAUCCUGUCAAAGUCCCUCAAGAAAGUCCUACUUUAGUGGCAAGUAUCGCGAGCCUUUCUCAAGAAAGCCCUAAAUUAGUGGCAAGUAUAGCAAGCCUUUCUAUUGAAAAAAAUAACCCAACAAAUGGUUCAGAACCCAAAAAAGAAAAUUACAAUGAAAAGGCAGAGCCCAUCAAAAAACCUAUGAAUAAAGAAAUUUUAGAAGAAAAGAAAAUUCCUGGAUUAAGCGACUCAGAUAGGUCCUCUUCAUCAAAUUCUAAUCGAGAAAUGAACUCAGUCCCAAGCCUUGAAAGCUUGCACGAAGGAAAUUCCUCACCUCUACCUCUGGAUACUGAAGAUUUUGAUAAAGACAGUUCAGACGACUCUGAUCUUGAUAUUAUGAAGCGUAUACGAAAGCACAUAGAAGGAAAUUCUCCUGACCAGGAUCGAAAAUUUUCCCCACUCUUUACAAAAGAAGAAAUAAACCAAAUUGAUGCCGAAAUGAACUCAGAAUCUGAUAAUUCUUCAAUUAAUAUAGAAAAUAACUCUGCAGAUCUCAUUAAAGACCAAACUCUUUCUACGUCCAGAUCUGAUGAUUAUACAGAUGAACUAAUAAAUCAAGUGAUUAUUAAUGAAAUUGAUUUGUACUUACAGAUCAUCCCAUUCCAAGAAAUGAGUGCUCAGAUAGACCCAAAUUUAGCAUUUAUUGAUGAAUAUCUUGAUGUAAUGCUGAGCCAACUUUUACCAGCUGAAAAUGAUAUUUUGGAUUCUAUAAAUACUCCAGCGUAUCAUGACCCUCUAAGUAGGCUUAAUUUAUUGCAAAACGCGGAUAUUGGGACAUUGGUGAAAUACCCAACAUUAGACUUAAUUUUACCUCCUGAGCUGUGCACUGAAUUAAAAUCUGGAUUUAAUUCGCUAGAUAUUCCAUCCAGGCAGAUUUAUUUGCAAAUGCUAUUUGAUUGUGUGAAUGAAGCACUUAAUUAUAUUAGACCAUAUGGGACUAGAGGAGUGCCUGAUCCAUGAAGUAUUCGACAAAGAACUUUAUUCGGAGAAUCACAGCUUGUAAGUGUAUUUGAAAGGGUGAAAGAGUAUAUGUACAAAUGGGCAUACUUGAGAGGUGGGGCUUAUCCAUCUCCUGACAUGAUUGUGCAAGGUGGAAUUGACGAAAACAAGCUGCAGAUUUUAAGGGAAGAAAAAAUGAGCGGAUUGCUGUGUCAAGAUGUGCAAGAUGAAGAAAUUAAUUGACUUGACUAUGAAGAAGAAGAGGUCCAAGUCAAGCUAGAUGUUGCAGACAUGGUACUUGAGCUAGUGAUAGAUGAAACUAUAAAAUUAUUAAAUGAUAUAUAA